AGGACCUUCUUUGCUUAUAAUUAGUUUUCCAGUCUAGUCUUUGAUCCCUUUCUUAGAAAAAAGCAAAAGAAGAUGAUAAAAGAAAUCAUGUGAAGAAAAGAAUGAGACAUGACCAAAAGGUUCAAGGAACCAUCCAGCCUAACCUUUCUCACAAACACUUGUACACGCACACACAACUACUCCAAAAUAAAAUCCACAUCUUCAAUUUCUCUUCAUCUCAAUCAUCUUCUUCUCAAAGAAAACAAAUCCCACCAUUAAUUUCCUCUCAAAACUCUAAAUUGAAUGUCAAAUUUCAACUUAGGAAAAAAGCUUUUACCAUCUAAAAAAGCAUGGAAGAGCUUCACCAACAAGUUACAAUCAAGAUUACACAAGCUCAAGCUUUCAAAAGCUAUCAAAAGUUCUAAAAACCUUUGCAUUAGAGCUUACAACUACAUUUUCCCAAUUAUUACUCGAAAAUUCUACUCCUUGAUCAAUCGUUCUUCACCACCGCGUACUCGUCGAAAUUUUUACCAUAAUUACUACCAAUACCAACAAUGUCACAAGGGUACUUCACCUAUAUACGUGGACCAGCUCUUCCCCGAACCUAUGCAGAAAUCGGAAAAAACUCAGAGUCCUAAAAUAUCCACGCCUCAAGCUAAAGAAUUUGUUGCUUCAAGUAGCGAUGUUAAUGUUAAUAGAAGAAGAUUGGAUCAAGAAGAACAAGAGAUUAUUUUGAGGGCUAUUGAAGAAAACACUUCUUUGAAAAAAGGUAAGGUCGUCAUUGAGAGUGGUACUAAUUAUAGAACAUGUGAUAAUAUUGAUGAAUGGAGAACUCCUUCAAUGCCACAUAUAAAUGGAGUGGAUAGAAGAGCUGAAGAAUUUAUCUCUAAGUUUCGUGAAGAUAUGGAGCUUGAAAGGCAACAAUCCAUUCUUGAUUUUCAAGAAAUGUUGGCUAGAGGUGCUUAAUUAGAAAGAAAAAAAAAACAGAUGUUAAAUUUUUAUUGUUGCAGAAGAAAUGAGUUUUUCAAAAAAUUAAGUACAAGUUUUGUUUUUCUGAUCAAUUCCUUAUUUCCCAAUUUUUGAAGGGGAAGAAAAGGAGUUGAUGUGAUAAUUCUUUGAUUUGGUGUGAGAGAGUAUUUAAACUGGAUAAGAAACUUACGUUGUGUGUGGCUGUUUCUUAAAUAAUUUUUAAUUUCAAGAAUUGUAUUCAGCAAAUAUUGAUUAUUUUUCUUGGGUGUAUGAAUAAAUAAAUAUGAUAUAUAAAGUGAUACUGGUUUUCUAUCUAACAGAAACAUAUUGUAGUAGUUCUCUUUCAUA